AUGGUCUCCCUCAAGACAGUUCAAGCAUCAAACGCCAGUCUACGGACAAUCCCCAACCUCACAGCCCUAUUCGUCGGAGGUACAAGUGGGAUGGGCCAGAGUACACUCCGUCAAUUUGCCAAACACACAGACAACCCAACAGCAUACAUAAUCGGCCGGAGUCAAUCACGAGCCAAGCCCUUCCUCUCCGAACUCCAACAGAUAAACCCCAAAGGGCGCUUCAACUUCAUCGAAACGGACGUAUCGCUGAUCCGCAGCGUAGACGCAGCGUGCAAGCAAAUCCUGCAACAAGAAAAACACCUCAACUUCCUCUUCAUGACACCUGGCGGCAUCUCACUCGGCGGCCGAAACGAGACCGCCGAGGGAAUCGACUAUCUUUUUGCUCUCCGCUACUAUGCACGCAUGCGGUUUGUCCAGAACCUGCUUCCACUGCUUGAAUCAGCAGGUCCAAGUCGAGUAGUGAGUGUCUAUGGUGGCGGAUUCGAGUUCAGCAUCAACGCCGACGAUCUAGAUCUCAAGCAUAACUUCUCCCUGCUCAAUGCCUAUAAGCACUCGAUCACCAUGACCUCCCUGAGUAUGGAAUAUUUGGCCAAGACUCAUCCAGCCGUGAGCUUUCUUCACGUCUAUCCCGGCCUAGUGGGUACGAAUAUCUACAGCAAUAGUUUCCCGCCGCCUAUCUCGACGUUCUACAACUACGGGAUGUGGCCUCUGAUGUGGCCUUUCUCCGUCGGUCUCCAGGAAAGUGGAGAACGACAUCUGUUUCAUCUAAGCUCUGCGCGGUAUCCGGCCAAGCAGACUAUCAUGGCCCAGGAUAUUCCCGUCGAGCCAGGAGAUGUUGCGAAGGGUACGACUGGGGAGGGAGGCAGUGGAGCAUAUCUCUUGAAUUGGAACGGGGAGGUUCGACCGAGCCGAAAGAUUAUGAAGGAAUAUCGGGAGCAACGGGUGCCUGAGUUGGUCUGGAGGCACACCGAGGAUCUGUUGGAUCGAGCCGUGUGCCGGUGA